AUGUCCAAGUCAGCAUCUCCUAAGGAGCACGAGCAGCUGUGCAAGCUUUUCAUCAGAGGGCUGCACCUCAGCACCACCAAUGAGAGUCUUAGAAGCCACUUUGAGCAGUGGGGAACACUCACCGACUGUGUGGUAAUAAGAGAUCCAAACACCAAGCGCUCCAGGGGCUUUGGGUUCAUCACUUAUGCCAGCGUGGAGGAGGUGGAGGCAGCCAUGAACGCCAGGCCACACCAGGUAGAUGGCAGAGUGGUGCUAACCAAGAGAGCUGUCUCCAGGGAAGACUCCCAAAGACCAGGUGCCUACCUCACCAUGAAUAAGAUCUUUGUGGGUGGCAUUAAAGACACUGACGAACAUUACCUACGAGAUCAUUUUGAACAGUAUGGAGAAAUCAAAGUCAUUGAAAUCAUGACUGACCAAAGCACUGGAAAGAAAAGGGGCUUUGCUUUUGUAACCUUUGUUGACUAUGAUUCUGCGGACAAGGCUGUGAUUCUCAGAUACCAGACUGUCAACGGCUACAGGUGUGAAGUGAACAAAGCCCUGCCAAGGCAGAAGAUGGCUAAUGCUUCAUCUAGCUAAAGAGGUCCACGUGGUGCUGGAAAUUUUGGUGGUGGUUGUCGAGGUGGUUUUGGUGGCUAUGUCAGUUGUGGUCAAGGAGGAAACUUCAGUGUUCCAGGUUCCUUUGGUGGCACUGGGAUUCACUACAUUGAAAUUGGUAAUGGAAGCAAUUUUCAAGUUGGUGGAAACUACACUGGUUUCAAUUACCACAGUCAAACUUCACCUUAUGAGCUCAUGAAGAGAGGAGCAUCUGGAGGCAGAAGCUCUGUACCCUGUGUUGGUGGAGGCCAAUACUUUACCAAACCACGAAAUCAAGGUGGCAAUGGUGGCUCCAGAAAUAACAGGAGCUUUAGCAGAGGCAAGAGCUACGCGCCAAAGGCGAUUACUUUGCGCCUGCGCUGUGACCUAGGAUCUGCGCAUGCAUCCUUUGGGACUGGCGGGAUCUGGGACUAUGGCGUGGAUACUCGAGGAGUCAGUUUUGGAAGAGUUGAUGCCCCGGCUGUUGCCAGUGGAGCCCUCCAACUUGAAGGAAAGUUUCGAUCCCUCCGUACCUCCCAGGACGCCUCAGUAAUACCUGAGGUGGCUCCAGUGAGUGAUUUGGCCUCGUGUGGGUGGGCUUUUCCUCUCUGCCUCUGGGCUAUGCGCUUAGUGCCAGGCUGGAGCGCUGUGGGAGAUAAACCCCGCCUCCAUUUCCCUCCCAGCCUCUCGCAAGAUCGGAUCUGCUGUGGACCCAAGGAUGACAACCUCAUGAAAGCGUGUUUCUUUAGACCUUGA